CUUUUCCUUCUAUUUUUUAUUUUUUAUUAGUAGAACUGUUCCUUAGGGUGGAGCAGCAGCAUACUGGGGACAAAUCUCUUCGAGAGGGCAUGGUGACACUUCUUGCUCUCUGUUGCAGCAUGGGACUCUGGUCCAGGAUAGCUCCAACCUCUGCCAGCUCUCUCAUGGUCUUGUUUCUUGUGAAACAGUAUUUUCACUCCCAGGCCAAAGGUUCUCUGCUGGAAAAAACCACUACUGGAUGGAACAAAUACAAACAGGAGUGCCUGAAAAUGCUGCAGGAAUCAUCUGUGGGUAGUGGAGUCCAUUGCAAUGGGACAUUUGAUCAGUUUGUUUGCUGGCCUUACUCACCCCCAGGAAAUGUCUCUGUUCCUUGUCCUUCAUAUUUGCCCUGGCUGGAAAAUGGAAGUGUAGGACAUGUAUACAGAGUCUGCUUGGAUGAAGGGAUUUGGCAAACAAAGGAAAAUUCCACAGACAUUUGGAGGGAUAGUUCAGAAUGUUCUGAGAAAAAUCAUUUCCAAAAAAAUGAAGAAGAACACAAACUGCUCACCACGUUGCAGCUGUUGUACACAGUAGGAUAUUACUUUUCUCUCAUCUCACUGGUAUUAGCUCUGCUUAUACUUUUUUCACUCAGAAAACUUCACUGCACAAGAAACUACAUCCACAUGAAUUUAUUUGCAUCCUUCAUCCUGCGUGCUGCAGCAGUUCUUAUUAAAGACUCUGUGUACUACAAUAUUUACUCCAAAAGACCAAAUGAUGAAAGUGGGUGGAUUUUAUACCUCACUCCAGAGACUGUGAUCGUUUGCAGGACUGCCCAGUUUUUCAUGCAUUACUUUGUUGGGGCCAAUUACUUCUGGCUGUUGGUGGAAGGCAUUUACCUGCACACCUUGCUGAUAACCGUGGUGCUCUCGGAGAGAAGGCUGCUGCAGAUGUACCUUGUGAUAGGCUGGGUGGUUCCAAUCCUGUUUGUGGGCCCGUGGGGAAUAAGCAGAUCCAAGCUGGAGAACACUGGGUGCUGGGGAACAAAUGAACACAUGGGGAUCUGGUGGAUCAUCCGAGGACCAAUGUUGUUUUCCAUUGCAGUUAACUUUGGCAUCUUCUUAAAAAUUCUCAGAAUGCUGAUUUCCAAACUGAAAGCUCAGCAAAUGACCUUCCAUGACUACAAAUACAGAUUGGCAAGAUCUACACUUGUUCUGAUUCCAUUGCUGGGGAUCCACGAAUUUGUGUUUACCUUCAUCACUGAUGAACAGGUGGAAGGACUUUCAAGACAUAUAAGACUUUUCAUUCAGCUGACAAUGAGCUCAUUUCAUGGUUUUUUGGUAGCAGUUCUCUAUUGCUUUGCUAAUGGAGAGGUGAAAGCAGAGCUGCAGAAGCAGUGGUCACGGUUCCUGCUGGCAGAUCCCCUCGGCUGCAAGCUCUGCUUUCUAGGGGAAAACAUCAAAUACCUCAGGAAAUGUUCCCAGAAAAGGAAAAAGCAGCACCUCAGCAGCAGGCACCACUUCUGCCUGGAGGUGAGCAAGCCCUGGGAGCUGCAGAAGGUGCUGGGGAGGCAGAGCCCAGGGGCCAGGGCAGGCCCUCCCCAGAUGAGCAUGUCUGACAGCAGCGAGGGAGAGGUCACCACGGCAGAGACCACCGAGGAAGUCUUUGAGGAAAGUGAAAUUUAGGGAGCUGUCCCCUGGGGCAGCCCCUGCCAGCAGCAGGGCUCAGGAAGUGUUCAUCUCUCAGCUGCAGGCUGUUCAGAGCUCUGGGAUCAGCAGUGAGAGGGGGAGCAGCUGAUGUCCCAGGUGUUCCAGUUUCCUUGGGCCAGAACAAUGUCAUUUGUCUGGAGAUGCCAAGCUGUGUGCCUGGGGAGAAGAGGUCUUCUGGAUGGAGCAGUUUUGCUUUGAGCUGGCAGGUCUGUGGCACACACAAGGGAGCAGGAUGAACUCUGGAAAUCAGCAGGCUCUGGAGAUAUAUUCUGUCAGCUUCUUCCAUGUGUGACUGGCUCUGAGUCAGGGCAGGAGAAGUCAGUUUUUCCUUCUCAUAGGAGUGGUUCCUAAACAGAGGGAUGUGUGUGGAAGGCUCCUUCCUUCACAGACUGAAAUCAUACCCCAUCUCAAGAAAACCACCCCAGCUUCAGAACAAACCAGACCACACACACACACAUAAACACACACACAUAUAUAAAAUAUAAAUAUACAUAUAACCCAAAAACCUAACUUGGGAAGAACCAAGCUUUUGCCUACAUUUUUGAGCAUCUUCCUAAAGUUUACUGCUGGAAAUGUCUUUAUGAGAUGAAAAGCCAAAAUACCUCAGUGGAAUGUGCCCAAAUGAAAUGUUCUGAUAGAAUUUUUGUUACCUUUUUUUCUUUUUCUUUUUUUUUGACACAAGCCACUGUGACUUCUGGUUUGCCCUACAUGUGUCCUUACUGACAAAACAGUGGUAAGUGCUGCCUCCACCUUCCUCCCAAGGGACCCAAAAUGGAUAAAGACAUGGGAUUGUGACAGCACCAAAAGAGAAUUGUGAAAUCAUUCUUCCUCCAUUUAACAAGAGCCUUGGUGAAGUUUUAUUUCUCACAUCCAAACUCAUCCAGAGACCUGUGAAAUGCAAUCAAGUUUGUUAAUCCUCUAUGAUUCCACUCACAUAACUUAGCAGUGCUUUUCUGAUUAUUUAUCAGGCUGCAAAGGUUUAGCCAUGCAACCUCUGCCAUUUAUACUCUUUUAUUUGCAAAGAACAGAUAAACUCAUUGACUAGCACUAGUUCAAGAACCUCUUUCUGGCACUUUAAAAAAGUAUUUCUUUUACUGUUCUA